GCUAUAUCCUCCAAAAUACCAGCUUCACUGAGAGUAGACAGGGAGAGAGACCAGACACCCCGGAGAAGUGUCAGGCUGGUAAAAUGUGAGAACACUCCGUCUUUCUCGCUUCAGCAAACGAGCGUGUCCGAAACUCUCCUCCCUUUUCCCGGAGGGGGGUUGAUGUGAACGCACAGGGCUGCGUUGGCUUCUCGUCACACGCUCGCCAAGACCUCGCACAUAUUCAAUCGUGACGGAUUCGUCCCUUCGCUCCACCACUCCUGUUUAAGAUUCCGCAGUUGACAAGACGGCGCCUUGCCCGCCCCGUCUCUCUCAUCAGACUUAUUUUGCGCCGAAAACGGGAUUCUGUCCGCUUUUCUUUAGGAUUCGACCAAGUUUUCCCUUCCGAGGAGUUUUACAAUGACAGCUACCAAGGAGCAGCCGAAUCAGAGACAGAAUCAACCGCAGCAGGAUGAGGACCUGGGUGGAGUGAGUCCUCCUCAGAGGAACUGGAAGGGGAUUGCCAUUGCUCUGCUGGUCAUACUGGUGGUCUGUUCCCUCAUCACUAUGUCUGUCAUCCUCCUCACACCAGCUGACAACCAAGCUGGAAGUGACACUAAACUGACUGUGGAGGAUUUGUUCAAACCCGAGUUCAAAGUCCAUGACCCGGAGGCCCAGUGGAUCAAUGACUCUGAAGUCAUCUACAGGAACAGUGACGGCCAUGUCAUCAAGUUCAACAUCCUCACAAACGAAACCGAGAUCGUCCUGACAAACAGCACAUUUAUUAACUUCAACGUGGCGAAGUAUGCAGUCUCCCCUGACCUGAAAUAUGUGCUCUUCGCAUAUGAUGUGAAACCGGUUUAUCGCCACUCCUACAUGGCCUCCUACAGCAUCUACAAUAUUCACACUCGGGAGGUUUGGGAGCUGGACCCUCCUGAGGUGGUUAACUCAGUUCUCCAGUAUGCUGCCUGGGGGGUGCAAGGCCAACAGCUGAUCUACAUAUUUGAAAACAACAUCUAUUACCAGUCGGAUGUCAAGAGUAACUCCCUUAGGCUAACAUCCUCGGGAAAAGACGGGGUCAUCUUCAAUGGAAUUGCUGACUGGCUCUAUGAAGAGGAGAUCCUCCAGACCCAUGUGGCUCACUGGUGGUCUCCUGAUGGAGAGAGGUUGGCCUUCCUGGUUCUCAAUGACACUUUGGUGCCCAACAUGGCUUUACCUCGCUUCACUGGCAUGACAUACCCAAAAGGAAAGCAGUACCCCUACCCCAAGGCUGGUCAACCCAACCCAGCGGUGAAGCUCUAUGUAGUCAACCUUUACGGGCCGACGCACACGCUGGAGCUCAUGCCUCCAGAGACACUCAAGCUGCGGGAACAUUAUGUGACAAUGGUGAAGUGGAUCAGCAAGACCAAGACAUCUGUUAGAUGGUUAAACCGGGCCCAGAACAUUUCCAUCCUGACUGUGUGUGACACGACCACCGGAGCCUGUGUCACGAGGCAUGAAGAAAGCUCUGAGCUCUGGCUCUCCAAGCAGAAUCAGGAACCUGUGUUUUCCAAAGAUGGCAACAGAUUCUUCCUCACAGUGCCGGUCAAACAAGGAGGACGAGGAGAGUUUCAUCAUAUCGCCAUGUUCACUACACAGUUCAGAGCUGAUCAAAAUGAAGUCCGACAUCUAACAUCUGGAAACUGGGAGGUGACAAAGAUCAUUGCCUUUGAUGAGGACACCGAUAACCUUUAUUUUCUCAGCACCGAGGGUUCACCACGGAGACGGCAGCUUUUCAGUGUUAAAACUGUGGGCCUGUUCCCCCGACGGUGUUUAACAUGUGAACUGAAUAAAGCCCACUGUUUGUACUUCGACGCUGACAUCAGCCCCACGAACCAGCACAUUAUCCUUCACUGUAAAGGUCCUGGAGCACCUACUGUGAUCCUACACAGUCUGAAUAAUUCAAAUUACUACAUCCUUGAGAACAACUCUUUGCUGAAGGCAGCCUUGAAGUACAAAAGGAUCCAGCUGACAGACUUCAGAACCGUUCCAAUGGAACAUUUUGAUUUACCUUUGAAGAUCUCUUACCCACCAGACUUCUCUGAUUCCCGCCACUAUGGACUUCUGUUGGUCAUUGACGGUGCCCCUGGAGGUCAAUCUGUGAGUGACCGUUUCUCCCUCAGCUGGGACUCGGUCCUCGUCAGCUCUGACAACAUCAUCGUGGCCCGUCUGGACGGCCGGGGCGGCGGCUUCCAGGGUCAAAGGAUACUGCACGAAGUUCACCAGAGACUGGGAACUGUUGAUGUUCAGGACCAGAUUGCAGCAGUGGAAUACAUGAUGAAGUUUCCAUACAUUGACCGGACAAGGAUAGCAGUGUUUGGAAAGGGAUACGGAGCCUACAUAACAUUAAUGAUGAUGAAGUCUACUGACAGCCUGUUUAAAUGUGCGUGUGCAAUGUCACCAGUGACCGACUGGAAACUCUAUGCGUCAGCGUUCUCUGAACGAUACCUCGGCAUGCCAUUACGGGAUGACAGCAGAUAUCAGUUUUCCAGUGUGCUGCAGAAUGUUCAAGCUCUUAGGGAACAGACACUGAUGCUGGUGCAUGGCACAGCAGAUGCAAAUAUCCACUUCCAGCACACUGCUGAGCUCGUCAAGAACCUUGUGAAAGUUGGAGCAAACUACUCAAUGCAGAUCUACCCAGAUGAGGGACACUUCCUGUCUCAGCAGAGUCGUCAGCACCUCUACACCACACUGACCAGUUUCUACAGGGAGUGUCUGAAGGAGGAGUUGCUACCGCUACCUGAUGAAGAGGAAGAAGAGGAGGAGUAGGAACAUGUCUUUGGGAGUCAGACCUUUGGCAGAGCUUGAAGAAUUUUGCUGAAAUCCGUCAAGGCCUUUCGUGUUUGGACCAAGUGUUUCGCCAGAAAAGGACACUGGGGUAGAGCUGCUGAUGCUCCCAAAGUGUGUGUGUGUGUGUGUGUAUGUGUGUGUGUGUGAGCACUCCUGUGUGUGUGUCUGUGUAUGUAUAAAUGUGAUGAAAAAGAUAGCUAAAGGACACGACAAGUGACACUCGCAUUGCCGGGACUUGAGGCGCGAACUGCCGUCUAGCAUAAAGUCAUUUCAGUUUUGGGACGCUCAGUUUCUCGGCAAAGCACACUGAAGAUCUUCUGCAGGUUCUCCGAGCUGCAGUCAUUCACACUUAACAAAGUGCAUGGUUCUUUUUCCCCCCUCGCCUUUCAGCUUCACUCAUUCUUGCCAUGUCAGUCUCCUUUGUGGCACUGCGUCACUUUGGAAGACAAGAACACCGAUAUACACCUUUGAUCUCACCUCUCUUUCGGUUGUUGUAUCGUUGCACAAGGAAAUGCUCCAGUCAUCUGCAAAAAAGUUUAGUCACGCAAGUUCACUACAACCUGAGCAGAUCCUGAAUAAGUGCAAUUUCCUGCUGAAACCCUCUUCCAUCGCCCACCCUGAAUGGAAACAGUGUUUAGAGGUCACACUUUAUUGUACAGCGGUCUUGUGUAGACAUGUACAAUGCCUUAUGAGGUUCAACAUACUGUAAUAUUACUUGCUGGCAGUGGUAGUCAUCCAUUAGCAGUGUCAUGUUAACCUAUGUCAACUCAGGUCCUCGAGACACAGCGUUGCAGUCAGUUUAGAAACUCUUAAGUUUGGGAUGAAGAUAACAGGUUUAUAGGCCAUAUAGUAAUUUCAGUUUCAGGCCACACUGAAAAAGUUCUCCAUCUUAAUAUGUGAUUUGAACCCUUAAAUCAAGUUGCACAACUUUAAAAAGGUGUGAGAUCAUUUUCCAAUGCAUCUCCACCAGAGUAAGGAACCAUUUCACGUAUUUUUGGACACUAAAAGACAUUAAAAAAAAUGUGGGAAACAAUUCAAAGUGGCUAAACUAAGAUGGGGAAUUUUACAGUGUCAGUAAGGUGUUUGCAUGUCUACAGGGAAUGUGUCAAGUGUUGCCACAUUUUGUACAGUACAAUACAGCAGAGUGUGUACAUAAAUAUAUUUUUAAGAUGUCAGAUCUCAUAGAAAGUUUAGUCUAUGGGGAUGGAUUGAUUUGACCUGGACGUCUUGUACUUUCAUUUCUUUUCUGUUUUCUUUCAAGCUGUUGAUUUUCUUCUUAGGAUGGAUUUUGUAAUGCUUGUUCUCAUUCUUUUUGCUGUUUAAAAGGGCAGGGUUGAGGGUUGAGGUUUUGGGGUUAUUGUGAUUGUCCUCUAGUGAUGAUUAUAAAUAAUAAUAAUAAUAAUAAAAAAGGUAAAAAAAAAAAAAAAAAAAAAAAAAAACUAAACUAAAAAAAACAAACUUUGAGUUAUUCUGGUGUAUUGAACAUAAAUGACAGAGAACCAAAUCGGCUGCAUUCAUUUGCAGGACUGAGCACUUCGAUCUAAAGUUUCAUUUGUUUGUUACCUUGGCAGUCACAUUAAAGAGACCCAGUCAUCUGUCAUGGCCAAGGGCUACCUGCAUUAAUGAUUUAGCAGGCAAGAUCUUCUUAUUUAAAGUCAAACAUACUUGCAUCAACACUGAAUGUCUGUGUGCAUUAAUCACUGCCUGCACUUACAAGGCUGAAUGACCAAGCAGAUGUUAAUUCUUAAAUUUGUAGUAUCCAGAGUUAGGUGGUGUUUAUCAGCUUGUCUAAUAGCAAAAUGUGUAACAGCUAUGGUUGUUCAGAGCUCAAAACAAACUCUAAUGGUCGUUUUUUAAGCAGGAAUGCAUCAACAUGGCAACCUAGCCAGAUGGAAGAUGUUAUGAAAAGGUCUAUUUUAACACCAACUGUGAUCAGUAGGCGUUAAACAACAAACAAAUAUUUCUCUCCUCUGUGAAAGUCCUGUUAGUCAUCUCCUGAAGAUGACGCUCCUAAUGGAGACUUUGUUUUUCUUUCUUGUCUAACGAGAAAAAAAAAUCUUGAUAACCACAUGAUGUCAACGCAGAUCUAAAGAAGAUAAUAGGACAACCGAACAAAGUCAACUGACAGUUUUAGAUCUUUCAGUUCUCUCACAUCAAGCUCUAAUUAAACUUUUAACUCUUAUUAAAGUUACUGGUGACAUGGUUAUAUUUGGGCUAAGAUCUAUCUCUUUUUGUGGACUCUUCACCUGUUUGGUAAGCUUUGAAAGAAGAACUGCAAAUGCAUUUAUGACAUUUAAAAAAAAUUACAGUUUCUGGCUUCUUAAAUUGGACUUUCUAUGUUCUCCACGUGCUUUCUCCCACAGCCCAAACACAUGCUCAUUGGGUUAACUGGUGAUGCUAAAUUGACUGUAGGUGUAAAUGCGAUGGACUGGUAACCUGUCCAGGGUGUAGCAUGCCUUUUGGCCUAUGACAGCUGGGAUAUGCUUCAGCUCCCAAAUUGGAUAAGCAUUUAACAGCAGUGCUUGGUUGUGUGGAACUACAACGCAACAAGCCAGUAUUAUUCAAGUGCCGUUCCAAAGCCCGGAUAAAUCAGGAAGUUUGGAUCAGGAAGGGCAUUCAACAUGAAGUAUUUGCCAAAUCAAGAAUACAGAUCACAAAGAUCAGUCAAUGCUUUACUUUUAUUUAUAUGGAAGAAAUCACAACAACAUUUCACAAGGCGCUUUAUAUUACAAUAAUACAGAGAAAACCCCAAACAUCAAACGACCUCCCUCUGAGCAAGGACUUGGCGACAGUGGCAAGGAAAAACUUCCUGUUUAAAGACAAAGGAGGGGGUGCGGGUGUGUUUAAAGGCAGAGAGAGAAGACAUGCAGAGGGUUAGUGUGAGCAUUUUUAGCAUUUGGCUAAAACACCACCAAAGUCUAGGCCUAACCCUAAAUGAGUAACAGAAGUUAAACAUACACUGUGUAGAGGAGAAAAAAAGCCUUUUAUACAGAUUCACACAACAAUGCCCCACUUUUAAACAUCUCCAAACAAACAAUAAUACUGCUCUUAUCAGUCUGAAUGUUACUCUCCUCAAACAUUUUUUAACUUGAGAAAACAAUCUGAUCACAACAUCAGUUUGUUGUGUAUCUUUCCACCACGUAAUAUGAUGUUUUAAAAGUUCCCAAUGAAUAUCAAAUAUCAUUCCUUACUAGUAAUACUUUGAGAGGUGUGCUUAUUUGCUUAACAUUAUCACUGUUAGGUACUUUUGGCUUAAAGGUGAUUUGUGCCUAAAUCAGACUUAAUCCAGCUAGCAAAGAGCUGUUACAGAAGCUGCAAAUGAAACGGUGGAUCUCUGCAGGAUGUUGCGAUAUCUAUGUUGAUGAACUGUUACUUUAAAUUCUGAGUAAAUCUCCAAGAGUUUUACCUGCAAAGCCUUGUUCUCAUUUAGUAUUGGUCUCAUAUCUAAACAUCUCAGCUGAUGUUUAGAUAUAUCUGUUGCUUAAACACUGGGAAGCAUUGUUAUGGAUUCUGAUUGGAUGCGGCUAAUUGGUAAAUUUGUAAAACUGGUGCUUCUAAUGAACAUAUCUUUUUGGAAGCACCACUCUUCCUUUCUAAAGGCAAUACUCAGAGAGCCAGUUCCACCACAUUUCUUGAAAUUUUUCAGACUUUUUGACCUUCAUGCCUUAAAGUAAUGAUGGAUUCAUGUUUUUCUUUACUUAGUGUCAGCUGCUGUACUAACAUAGCACUGCUAAACCAUUCAACUAUGUCAGCAUAAUAUAACUGAUGAUAAUACAACUUAAAAGCUAAAAAAAAACCUUGAACUAUUAUGGAGAUGCCCUACUCAUCAGCUUUGAAUCUGCAUGCCAUUUGCUAUGCUUAGCACAUCCUGACAGCUCUGUAUAAGCCCCAGCUGCAAAAUUACCAUUGAUCCAGUCAUAUCACUCUGUAUCAAUGAAGCAAAGGGAAACAUUUCAGUGAUCUAUACUAUACGAAUUACAUUAGAGUGCCCUUGGAGCUUCAUAAAUAUUUGCACUGUCAGCACUUUUAAAUCAAAAUAAGCUAUUAAUGCAACACACAGAUCCAAAAAUGUCAAGUUUGUCAGUUUAUUUGAGCGUACAAAUGUUUCCAAGUAUACAAAUGUCAACUACAGAGGGCAAUAUAUAUAUAUGGUACAUGAGAUGCAGUUUGUCAGGCAAGUGUAGAAGUGUGAGCAGCACAGGGUUAUGGUCAACAAACAAUCAGUUUGCUACUCAAGGAAGGACACAGUAUUUGUUACAGGAGUUCUGCUGUGGCUAAAGCACACUGUACAGCAUAGACUGCUUAUCUUACACAUGAAGUUUCUCCAUUCUCCAGUUGAAUUUCUUUUCACAUUUUGGGGAUAUUAAACACUGUGUGGAACAGUAAAGGUUCAAGCUGGUCACAAACAUCUGAAAUUUAUUAAUCUAUUUCUAAAAACAUAGAUGAA